AUGAAGAAUUUUGGGUGGAGUUCAGAUAGUGAUGAUGUUGAGAUACUAACGAGUAGAAAUUUUCCUACUGAGGAAGAAACUGUGGAAGAGCAAUGUAAUGUGAAUUUAGAAGAUGGAGAUGGAGAUAAUGUGGAAGAUGGAGAAGACGGAGAAGAUGGAGAUGGAGUCAAUUUAAUUUCCACUUCUAGUAGUGGACUUUUUGAACCAUUCAUUGGGAAGGAGUUUGAUGAAGUUGAGGACGCCCAAGCAUUUUAUAAAGCGUUGAUGAAAAUGGGAGUAUGGGCAGUUGCUUUUGAGCAGAUGCAAGAUCAAGAACAUUUGGCACAUGGCUAUAACAAAUAUCCAGACUUUCAAAAAGAGUUCCAUCAUUGUAUCCAUGAUACUAUUACACCUGAAGAGUUUGAGGAUGAAUGGGUUUCAAUACUGGUGAAGUAUGGUCUAGCAUGUAAUGAUUGGAUGCAAAAUCUUUACAAUCGACGGGAGAAGUGGGUUCCGGCUUACUUGCGAACCACAUUUUGUGCAGGUAUGUCAACCACACAAAGGAGUGAGAGUAUGAAUAAAUUUUUUAAGGAUUAUGUGCGAUCGAGCACGAUGGUGAGUGACUUCGUUCAUCAGUACGAGAAAGCCUUAAGUGCACGGUACUUUAAGGAGAAAGAAAAGGAUGUGAGAACGAAAUCGUCUAACCCGAUUUUGAGAACAUGUUGGAAAAUUGAAGAAGAGACGGUCAAAGUGUAUACAAGGAAAUCUUUCAAUAUAUUUCAAGAAGAGCUAUUCAAUUGUCAACGGUACAAAAUGAUAAAAGUUCAGCAAUAUGAAGAAUCCAAGAUGUAUGAGGUAGCACCUAACGGUAAAGAUGGUCGGAUUUAUUAUGUGACUUUGGACAGUAGACAAACUCAGGCAAUAUGUACCUGUCAUAAGUUUGAGUUUCUUGGAAUUCUUUGUAGGCAUAUCUUAUGUGUCUUCAUGAAGAAAUCAAACUUAGAUAUGUUGCCACAUCACUAUGUUCUAGAGCGAUGGACCAUCAAUGCUAAGAGCAGAGCUAUCCUUGAAAUACCAAAUUCCGAGGGCCCUUUUCCAACACGAGAAGAUCCAAUAUUGCGAAAAAGCCAUUUGAUGAUGCAGUUUUACGAUAUUGCCGAACUUGGCUCUCAAUCAAGGUUUAAAAUGAACCAAUUAUCUCUUGCCUUGGAUAAGGUACACAAGGAAUUGCUUUCGAUGGAAAAUAUUGGAGAACAAAAUUUAGAAGCUGGAGAUAUGUCAUGUGUAGAUUCCCCUAUGAUAAAAUCACAAGUAAUAUCAAAUUUUUUCCAAAUUUUACAAGAUCCUCAACGGAUGCCGACGAAAGGAAGACCAAAAUCUUUGAGAUCAAAAAACUUGAGAGAGACUCAAUCAGUGAAGAAACGGCGAUGUGGCAUUUGCAAGGUUGAGGGCCAUACGAGGAACAACUGCCCUUCGUUGGGGGAUAUUGGAAAUAUAAAUGAUAACAUAUCACAAAAGAUGUAUUUUGAUACUUACAACUUAGUAUCCGUGGACAUAGAAGCAGCCAUUCGGAAAAAAGUUACUUAA